AUCAUUGGAAAAGCUUCAAGAUGGUUGAACCCAUUUUCGACUAUCAAUUUCGUCUAAUUCUUAUUGGCGACAGUACGGUGGGCAAGAGUUCGCUCCUCAAAUUUUUUACAGAUGGCAAAUUUGCAGAGCUAUCGGACCCUACCGUAGGAGUGGAUUUUUUUGCCCGCUUAAUAGAAAUGAAGGAUGGUACGCAGAUAAAGCUCCAACUAUGGGAUACGGCUGGCCAGGAACGCUUUCGAUCAAUUACCAAAUCGUACUAUCGAAACUCUGUUGGAGUAUUGUUAGUAUAUGACAUCACUAACUAUGCUAGCUUUGAACAUAUUCCGCUUUGGAUGAUGGAGGCUCAACGUCACAUUGAACCACAUCGACCUGUUUUUGCGUUAGUUGGUUGCAAGCUAGAUCUUGUUAAUGCAGGCGGCCGGCGUGAAGUAGGCACUGAUGAGGCACAGGCUUUUGCAAAGCAACAUGGCCUACAUUUUGUUGAGACUUCAGCCAGAAAUGGCGUUAACGUGGAAGAAGCCUUUCGUAUGGUGACACAGGAGGUGUAUGCACGAAUACGAUCAGGCGAAUACAAAGUCGAAGAUGGUUGGGAUGGUAUAAAAACUGGAUUUGCCAGACCAAAUAGUUUAGAUUUUAAUUUGGUUAUGGCAGAACCUGAAAAGUCAUCUUGUUGUUGAUGUGAUUGUAUUCGAUGGGUUUCUCCUGUUGGGGAAUGGUAUAAAUAUUACGUUUUCAAGAUUACAGAAGACUUAAUUUUAUUUUAAAUGAAGGUUGAAAUUUUUUUGGAAUUAUUUUAUAUAGAACAUACAUAUACAUACUCAGGCAGGUUCUGCAAAUCACUUCUGUGGGAAUUUCAACACCAUAAAAUUUGAAUUCACAGUGACUUUGUUUGAAUUCACUCGGAAAUCAAUUGCGGAACCUAGCCUGAUACUAAAUACAUAUAUGCUUUUUUAUAUGACAAUUCGGCAUAGAUAUAAAGAUCUGCGCAUUUACAUAUGCACUGUUUUAUGGUUGAGGCGAUAAAAUGACAGGCUGCAAUUUUUAAUAAAAAGUUUGAGGACCGUUUUCUAAAGCAGGGUUUAAAAUUUACCUACCCUUUAAACACAGAUUCUGUUCUGAAAAAAUGUGUUUAAAGGCCAUAUAAAAUUUAAAACCUUAGAAAACGGCCCUAUGUUUACUAAAA